AUAACCAGAAAGAAUAAUAGCUAGGGUUUUCUGUCACUGUAACUCACUGAGUGUAUAAUUCGUGUGCCGUGCGAGAUUGUUAGGGUUUCGAAUCUCGCCGCACAUACCAUGACUACGGUGGUUCCAACCUCAGAAGAAGAUGCCGCUCUUUCCGUCGUCCGAUUUGCUUCCGAGCUAGCCUGGGCUGAUGCUGGUCCCGAGGUUGCUGAGCCGCAAGUUAGCAGACUCUGUAUGGAGGCCGAAGAAUUCAUUGUUAUGGGAAAGUGGUUGGAGCUAGCAUCAUUGAUGAUUACUUCUGCUGAAUUGAUUUUUUCAAAGGUUUCUGAGAAAGACGUAGAGUCCAUCUUCACUAUUAUCUGCAAUCUUGUUACGAAGACUGAGAAUCCAGAUGAAGUGAUGGAGAUUGUUAAAGUUAUAACUGCAAAAUUAGUUCAGCAGCCCAAUGAGAAACCUGCAGUGAGAUUGAAAAUUUUGAUCAAUCUGUAUAAUCUAUUGGAGACUACAUACUGCCAGUUUUAUGUCUACCUGAAGGCAUUGAAUUUAGCUGUUGAUGGAAAAGUCACGGAAUACAUCAUUCCUUCAUUCAAAAAGAUUGAUAGCUUCUUGAAAGAGUGGAAAAUUGAGGUACCAGAGCAGAGAGAACUCUUUCUCGCCAUCUCUAAUGUUUUGAGGGAAAACAAAAGCAUGUCAAAGGAUUCCUUCAAGUUCCUGACCAGUUAUCUGGCUACUUUUUCUGGAGAAGAUGAACAUGUUUUGAGCGAAGCCAAGGAGGAAGCUGUGCGUGCAAUUGUUGAUUUUGUCAGGGCACCUGAUGUAUUUCAGUGUGAUUUACUGGACAUGCCUGCUGUUGGGCAACUGGAGAAGGAUUCCAAAUAUGCUUUGCUAUAUCAGCUUCUCAAGAUUUUUCUUACUCAGAGACUUGAUUCAUACUUGGAAUUUCAUACUGCAAAUUCAUCCUUAUUGAAAGACCAUGGCCUUGUGCAUGAAGAAUGCAUAGCAAAAAUGAGAUUGUUGUCAUUGGUUGAUCUCAGCUCUGAUGGAUCUGGCCAAAUUCCAUAUGAACUUAUUAGGGACACACUUCAGAUCAAUGACGAUGAAGUUGAAAUAUGGGUGUUUAAAGCAAUAAGUGCUAAGCUAAUUGACUGCAAGAUGGACCAAAUGAAUCAACUUGUAAUUGUUAGUCAUCAUACUGACCGGGUGUUUGGUCAGCAUCAAUGGCAAACACUGAGAACAAAGCUAGUGAAUUGGAGGGGAAAUAUUGCAAAUGUGAUUAGCACCAUUCAGGCCAACAAAGUAUCAGAGGAUGGGUCCCAGGCAGCCCAAGGUUUGGUAGUUCGUUAAAGAGGAUUUCUUUAUCUCAAGCAUUUUGUUAAGUAUCUAGAUUACAUCCGGGUCAAUUUUUUUUUUAAUCUUAAAGAGAGGAAAGAAGAGAUUGUAAUUUGUUCUGUUUACAAUAUUUACGUUUUAGUUUUUGGCUGUUGACUCUAAUUGUACUACUAACUUUAAGAGAGAAGCCAUGUUAAAUUUUGGAUUGAAA